CACCCCGACCCGGCAGACAGAGCAGAAGGCUGGCCCCCCCGCCCCCCGGGCGGGGUAGCACAAAAACACCGCCAGACCUAACCCAAGCACCAGCCUACACCACAGCCUAACCGCAAGAACCACCACCACCGCGCGCCAGAAGAGGAAACACCAGCGCUACGCACCCGCCCCGCCCAAACCCACCCCACCCCCACAAGUCGGUUGCUUAAGCAACACCCCAGGAGAACCGGCAGAGGAGACACAAGCAGAAAACUAAACGGGCCAGAUGUGGCGCUGACUAAGCGGGCUCCAGUCCGCUGCAAGACGUGCUGUGCAGGAAGUCCCACAGCCGCCCAGGCGCUGCCACUCCAGCCAGAGCUAGUACUCAUGGGCGCCAGACAAGCUGAUGACGAUAAUACGCCACGCCAGUGCCUGGAAAGAAACGCUGCCCAGAAGGAAACCUAGGGGGCCUGCACAGGUGAUGCAAGCGUCAGCCGCAAGUUCAACUUCGGUGACCCACCCUGAACCUCCUCCACUUCACAAAGCGCGCCACCCGCCGACCAGAUGGCAACAAAGUGCUCCAGCUUAGCCGCCUUGAGCUGUGCGGUGAGAAGCUGAGUGGGCAGAGCCGACAGGGUUUCAGGGGUUAGCGUGGCGAUGGUGCAGGAGACCCACGCUACUGACACGACGGCGCUGGAGUCUUGCCUUCGUGCCGCGCAGGGGGCGUGCCUUCCGUGGCGCCACUGCCUCGCUGCCAGCCCGGCAGCGUCGCCCCGCUCCUGUGGGACGGCUAUCCUGGCGCGGAGUCGGCUGUCCCUUCCAGGCUGCGUACUGCAGCCGCCGUCAACGGAUGCGGCGGGCCGUGUGGUAUGUUGGGAUUGGGACGUGGGUCACCUGCGCCUGCGCUUCGUGUGUGUGUAUGUGCCCACGGCCGUGGCGGACAAGCCUGCUUUCUUUGCCGGGCUGCAUCCCCACCUGGCCACGGACAGGGUGCUUGUUGUCGGUGGGGACUGGAACUGUGUCACCGAUGCCAGUCAGGAGGCGGCCCCUAGCCCGUCACGUGCUGCAGGUGCCCCGCAACUUGCCAGCCUCCUCGCCCAGUUCAGUCUGGUGGACCCUUGGGCGAGCAAGCGUGGCGGCGCCAAGGGCUAUACGCAUCCGGCCACACCCAAGCCGGCCACUCCCGCACGCCUGGAUCGGUGGUAUGUCAGUGCCACCGCGGCGCCGUGGGUGGUGGAUGUCGCUCGCACGUACGGGGCGCCUGGGGACCACAACGGUGUGCUGCUCACCCUGUCCUUGCCCGACCUGCCACAUGCGCACCGGGAGCAGUGGCGCUUCCCCACCUACCUGCUGUUUCACCCCUCACUGCGUCUGGAGCUCGAGCAGCGCUUGGAGGCGCACGUUGCCGCCAAUCCCGUGGCCAGUACAGGUGACGGCGCUUGCACGCAAUGGGAGGCGGACAAGUUCUUCUUGCGGGAGGCCGCCACCAGCAUCCACCGUCGGCAUGCACGCCAGACCCGGGAUGGGCUGCAUGGCGUGGUGCUGGCCGCAGACACGGCCGCUGCCCUGGCCGACCGGCCGGGUGCCAGCGCCGCGCAGCGUCAGGCUGCGGCCAUGGCCAACUUGGCAGUGCGGGAGGAGCGGGCAGCUGCCGCAGCGGCCAGCCACAAUGCCCGCGCUGCACUGAUGGAGGAGCAUGGGGAGCGGGGCACACGCUGGUUCCAUCGGCAGGCUGACGAGCCAGCAGCCGGCGCGCAGGAGCCCAUCACGCACUUGAAGGUGCCGGGGCAACCGGCGCCUGUGGCGCUCACGGGGCCGGGCACGCGCAACACUGUCUCCGCAGCCGCCGCAGCCAUGUACAGCAGCACCAGCCCCACCGGCCUGUUCCGCGUGCAGCCUGUCUGUACGGUGUCGCAGCAACAGCUUCUGGAGGCCAUUGACCGCAAGGUUCCGGCGGAUCUGCAGGCCGCCGCAGAGGGGUCCGGUGACGGCGCCCUCAGUGAUGCGGAGCUGAUGGCAGCGCUGGCUGGCUCCGCCAAUGGUAAAGCGCCUGGGUCGGACGGGGUCCCGUACGAGGUGUACAAGGUUUUCUGGGCGCUGCUGGGUCCGCGCUUGUGUGCUGCUGCUGCCGCUGCCUUUGCUGCCGCUGCAGAUGCCCACGAUGGCGGUGAAAUGGCGGCGGCGCUGCCCGCCUCCUGGCGGGAGGGCAUCAUCACCCUCAUCUACAAGGGCAAAAGCCUGGACCGCGCCGAGCUGGCGUCCUACCGGCCCAUCACGCUGCUCAACUGCGACUUCAAGAUGGUGUCCAAGGCCGUCAGCGCCCGCCUGCAGCCCGCCCUGGAUGCAGUUGUGGAUGAGCUGCAGACCGCGUUCAUCACCGGCCGCUGGAUUGGAGACAAUGCGCUGUACCUCCAAGGCCUGAUCGAAUGGAUGCGCCUGGACGUGGGCGCGGACGGCACGCCACGGCAGGGUGAUGGCUGGCUGGCGGAGCGGGAGGCGGAGUGGCAGCGUGCAGCGGCGCAGCUGGCCACCACGGCGGCGCAGCACUUCCACAAUAACCCGGUGGCUCUGGACCCCUGGCUUCACCGCACCUCUGCGGCAGCCGGGCUGCAGAACACGCCGGCGAGAGAACUGCAGUCGUAUGCGUCCCCGUCCCAGCAGUCAGCUUCUCACCGCGCAGCUCAAGGCGGCUAAGCUGGAGCACUUUGUUGCCAUCUGGUCGGCGGGUGGCGCGCUUUGUGAAGUGGAGGAGGUUCAGGGUGGGUCACCGAAGUUGAACUUGCGGCUGACACUUGCAUCACCUGUGCAGGCCCCCUAGGCGGCAGUUCUUUCCAGGCGCUGGCGUGGCGUAUUAUCAUCAUCAGCUU